AUGUCCCAGAGCGACCCCGUCCCGCAGAUGUUCAACACCGCCCUCACCUCCUGGAAGAACGCCGGCCCGAGAGAGAGUUUCAAAAAGGUCGCGUCGACAGUGGCGACUGCGUUCGAACAGGAGUUCGAUAUCAACGUUCGUGGGCUUGUGCGCGAAAAGGGCAAGCUGCGUGUGGAGACGGAAGCAGAGUACGCGAAACGAACCAAAGAGCGACACAAGAGUAUCCUCAAAUGGAUAGAGAACAAUAAGCCGUGGUUCGACAAGCACAAGUUGGGUCCUCUCGACCUACUCCCGGUGCCACUGCCCGAAGAAACGGAGCCCGAGGAAACCCGCGACCGCGCCAAGAGUGCCCGCGGGCUCUUCAUUCACGACCAUCCGCAUAUCGGCGCGCGAGCCAAAGCCGAAGCUGCCAAAGCCGGCCUCGCCUCAGGUCCCCAGACAACUGAGUGGAACCUGGCGUUUUCGCGAGAGAUUGACCGCGUCAAAGCUGAGGAGCCGGCCAAGUGGCAGCAAUACGAAGAAUUGGCCGCUCAAUCGAAGGAGGAUGCUCGCGCGGCCAAUGCAGCGCAGGACGCCCGUUCAGAAAGGGAGGAUGUGGCUCAGCAACACGCGUCGGCCAACAGCGGCAACAAUGAAGAAGCUAAGGCUCUCGCGCAACUUGAGGAACAGCGCAGCCGUCUGCGUUUAACAGCGCGUGUAUCCGUGGACAAAUGGGCUGCAGAGACGCAGACACACAUUUUUACCUACAUUGGAUGGAUUGAUGCCACCGGGAAUGCACGCAGAACUUUGGUGAGCGCUGGGGACGGCUCCAGAGACACUUUGGUCAACCAUCUCAAGACUGUGCAGAACGGGGAGCUCGUCACUGCACUCAACGACUUCAUCCUGCAAACCCGAGGAUCGCGUGUGAAGCCGGCGACCCCAGGUACCUCCACAAGUCUUGCCGCGCCUCCAGAUGCCACAGACCUCGCGGCCAACGAGCGUUCAGACGCACCGACGGAGACUGCCGAGGCCGCGCAAGGAUCUCCUCAAACGGAUGGAGAAGUGGCGCCCGCACCUUUGGGAACGGGAGAAGCUGACAUGAACGCGCCUCACCGUCUGCCUGACAACUCGGCGAACUCGUCGAACUCCAACAGCGUAGAUGUCAACCCGCGCCCGGAUGACGGCCACGCAGAGCACAACAACGCGGCCACGCAGGAGAGCCCCCAUACUCAUCGAAGCGCAUGCCACCGCCGAAGUUCCGCAGGAGGGCAACAAUAGGGUGCUAACGUUGCACUCAUCUAUCAACACAUGCCGCAUAACACGCGUAGUCAAGUCCCAUUGUAUACGUUUUAGUUCAAACUGUUGAUACACUUCGUUUCUUCUGCACGUA